AUGGUUCCAUCAUUCGUUAUUUUUUUAGUAUUAAAUAUCUUUAUUGGCGCUAAUUUUACAGCUCUAGCAGAAUUGUCAAUGGAAAGUCGAUUAAUUCAUCGUAACUAUUAUUGGUACAUAAAAGGAAGAGAAGAACGAUUACAAAAUGGGUCAACGCCAUUCGGUUUUGAUCAUUUACCGCCACAGACAGUAUUAUGUGUGGUAAAUAAUGCAUAA